AUGGCGCCUGUGGAAUCUAUGGCGUUGUUUGGACGUGCUGUUAAUGCAGCUGUCGGAAAGCAUGUCAACACCUCUGUCCAAACCGCGGACUAUUGGUGCCAGGGACUAUGUAUUGCGGGCAUGACAAUUUGUUACUUCUUACGACUGUACACCCGACUCUUUAUUCUCCGCGGAUUCCACAGGGAGGAUUGGCUUUGCACGGCCGCCUAUAUUCUUGGGACAGCCUACUCUGUCAUUGCGCUUUUGAUGGGAAAAUAUGGCGGGGGUCUACACCUGCAUGAUGUCCCAAAAGAGAACCUCACAGCCUUUAAAAAGACCGUCUACGUGACUCUAGUCAUGUAUGGCCCCACAGCAUAUUUAACAAAGGUCUGCCUCCUAUGGAUCAUGGCUCGGGUCUUCAGUCCUUUCCGUAAGGCUGUGAUCUUUAUUUACAUAUUCAUGGGUGUGAUGCUCGCCUAUUACAUCCCUUCGGUAAUUGUCAAGGUCCGGAUUUGUCUUCCCAUCAAUAGUUUCUGGGAUUCGGACGUCAAGGGUUCUUGCCUCAACGAGAAUGCUAUCAUCACAGCCGAUGCUGUGAUCAGUUCAGUCAGCGAUUUGAUCAUUCUCAUUGUCCCCCUGCCAUUGACCAUGUCUCUCCAAAUGGCCAAGAAGAAAAAGCUGCGUGUCGUUGCUCUCAUGGGCGCGGGUGGUAUGGCUGUAUUAGCCAGUGUCAUCCGUUUGGUUCUUAUCGUCUUGACAUCGCAGUCAGCGGACACCACAAUGGCCUUCAUGAGAAUUAACAUGCUUGGAAACGCGGAGAUUGCCAUUGGUGUGAUCUGUACCUGCCUUCCCGCUGUCUCAGCCUUGCUGAAGUACGUCGCCCACGAAUACUCCAGUGGCAAGGAUACCGACUACAAAUUGAGUACCAUGCAAACCGGUAACACCAAGUCUGUCAACCGACAUCAAAUGAAGCGCACGAGCGUGCGGAUUAAAGAGUCCGAUGAGGAUGUCCUCGUGUCGCACGCCCAGGGCGACCCACGCAUUGAGACGUCUAUCAACGGAGAGCGUGAGGGAUUCGGCAAUCACAAUCAAAACGUCUUCCAAGGUGGGAUUGGAGUGACAAGGACAAUUGAAGUGUCCUCAUCCGUGGAUGCGCCAUAA